AUGGGAAAUAAGCUGGUGCCAACUCCGGUCAAUGUUGUACAUAACGCGGAGAUUCCGACCACACGGUCUCAGGCAGCUUUGGGUGUUGGGCAGUUUGGGUUUGGAGAGAAAGGUAAAGGUCAGCAAGCUAUAGAUGAAUUACGUAAAGAAUUAGGACUGCCACCAGUUCCACCAGAAUCGAUAACAUAUCCUCCUUAUGAGAGGUCGCUCUCAGCUCGAGUUGGUUCGUUGGAUAACGGAGGAUGUGCUUUUGCAAUGCGUAAUGCUGUUGAGAGUGGGUCAUUUGAGCAGAAGCGUUUUGUUGGAGGCUCCUUAAAUCAGCCGAAUAACAAACGAGGCACAACUCUUCCAAAUCGUCGUGGUUUGGGGUCACAAGUGGAAACCAUUUCACACCGGUCACUGAUCAAUCCGUUUCGACCGGAUCAGUUCUACGUUAGAAUCACGGCGAACCGUCGUCGAUGGAUACAUGUUUUCCCGGUUGACGAAAUGCCGAAUAACAAACGAGGCACAACUCUUCCAAAUCGUCGUGGUUUGGGGUCACAAGUGGAAACCAUUUCACACCGGUCACUGAUCAAUCCGUUUCGACCGGAUCAGUUCUACGUUAGAAUCACGGCGAACCGUCGUCGAUGGAUACAUGUUUUCCCGGUUGACGAAAUGGGAAGAUCGAAGCUUGCUCAUCACUACGUGGAUGGUACAAGUACGGUUCACAUCAAUAUGAUAGAUGAAGCUCCACCUGUUGGCAACGAGCUUGACAACAAACUGCGCGAGAACGGUGUUGUCGGCUCGCCUUCUAGGCGUAAUGAUCGUCCCGAUUCUCCACUUAUUGCGACUGGACCUCCUUCCGAGAGUACAACCAGUACUGCUACUGUCAACAUGAAG